AGUGUGUGUGCGUGUGAGUGAGUGUGUGUGUAUGAGUGCAUGUGUGUGUGUGUGAGUGUGCAAGUGAGUGCAUGUGUGUGAGUGUGUGUGUGAGACAGACAGUGUGUGUGUCACUCACACUUACAUGUCUUGUCGACCUGUAGGACAGAGGGAGAGCAGCCGACAGAGAGAAGCUUUCACCUUCACCGUUCUUCUGUGAUCUUCUUCUUCUUCACUCAUGGCCGUUCUUCCUCUGAGGGUGAAGAUGUUGCAGCAGGUCUGGAGGUUGAAGGGCGUCUUCAUCCUCGUCUGCAGCCCGUUCAUCCUGCUGCCGCUCGCCAUCAGCACCAGGGAAGCUGCCUGUGCUUAUGUCAUCGCCCUCAUGGCGGUGUACUGGUGCACUGAGGUUUUGCCACUGGCUGUGACCGCGCUGCUGCCGACCAUCCUGUUCCCCGUCCUCAGCAUCAUGGAGUCCAAAGACGUGUGCAUGCAGUACCUGAAGGACACCAACAUGCUGUUUGUGGGGGGGCUGAUGAUGGCCGUGGCCGUGGAGCAGUGGAACCUCCACAGACGCAUCGCGCUCAGAGCUCUGCUGCUGGUCGGAGUGCGACCCGCUCUGUUGAUGCUGGGUUUCAUGGGAGUGACGGCCUUCCUGUCCAUGUGGAUCAGUAACACGGCCACCACCGCCAUGAUGGUGCCCAUUGUCCAGGCCGUCCUGGACCAGCUCCACGGACAAGUCCAGCCCGACCCUUCCUCCAAGAUCCAGAGAACGACUGUGGUUCCACAUCCGGAAGAAACCAUCAGUGAUCCAGACAACAUGGCCGCCGACCACGAGAUGACCUCCAAGGGUGAAACAGACGACGUCCAAUCACAGGACAAACCUCCGUCAGUGUGUGUGAGUGUGGACAGCUGCUGCCCCCCCCUGGAGGUUGUGAGCGAGGUGGAGGACGAGUCGAGGUCGAUGAGUAAGGGCCUCCUGCUGAGCGUCUGUUACGCCGCUAGCAUCGGAGGCAUCGCCACGCUGACAGGAACUGGACCCAACCUGGUUCUGAUUGGUCAGAUGAGCCAGCUCUUCCCUCAGAACGGAGACGUGAUCAACUUUGCGUCGUGGUUUGUGUUUGCGUUUCCGAUCAUGGUGCUGAUGCUGACGCUCGCCUGGUUCUGGCUGCAGUUCCUCUACGUCGGCUGCAACCUGCGGAAGACGUGGGGCUGUGGCGCUGUCCAAUCAGAGAAGGAGCGAGCUGCGUACAACGUGAUCAAGGACGAGCACCGCGGCCUGGGGCCGAUGAGCUAUGGAGAACUCAGCGUCCUGGCGCUUUUCAUCCUCAUGGUGGCGCUGUGGUUCACACGAGACCCCCGCUUCAUGGAUGGCUGGGCCACUCACAUCUUCAACUCCAAGGCCGAGUUCGUCACUGAUGCGACCGUCUCUCUCUUUGUUGCUGUGUUGUUGUUUGUUCUCCCCUCUGAGCCGCCGAGGUAUCUCUGCUGCUGGAGGAGCUGUGACACAGAGGCGGAGGUGUGGAGAGGCCCCGCCCCUCCUCUGCUCACCUGGAAGGUGACUCAGGAGAAGAUGCCGUGGAGCAUCGUCCUGCUGCUGGGGGGGGGCUUCGCUCUGGCUAAAGGCAGCGAGGAGUCAGGUCUGUCCCUGUGGCUGGGGGACCAGAUGUCCCCCCUGCAGUCCAUUCCUCCCUGGAGCGUCUCCAUCGUCCUCUGUCUCCUCGUCGCCACCUUCACCGAGUGUGCCAGCAACGUCGCCACGGCAACACUGUUCCUGCCCAUCCUGGCCUCCAUGUCUCAGUCGAUGGGUUUGAACCCCCUGUACGUGAUGAUCCCGUGCACCCUGAGCGCCUCGUUCGCCUUCAUGCUGCCGGUGGCCACGCCCCCCAACGCCAUCGUCUUCUCCUUCGGUGUCCUCAAGGUGUCCGACAUGGCUAGAACAGGUGUGGUGAUGAACGUCAUCGGGAUCGGCUGCAUCACUCUGGCGAUCAACACUUGGGGGCGUGUCCUGUUUUCUCUGGACUCGUUCCCGUCGUGGGCCAACGUCACUGCACCGGUGUAGACGCCGCUGCUCGUAGGACGCUGGUUCCUCCUCCAGCUUGUGACGCUGCGUCUCAGCCACCGGAGGCAGCGUCUGCUCCUCAACGCUGGUCAACAGCACGGCUCCAAAACCAACAACGCAGAUUCUUAACUGAAGCCCAGAAUUAACGUAACAGUAACAAAGGUCUAAUACAAAUUUAUAGGGGGAAUAUCUCUAGUAUAAAGUUAGAUUUCCACUCAGUGCCUGUAAACAAAGAUGGACGACAUGACAGCUCCCACAGCCUCUGGAUCGCCCCCUGGUGGCUGGCUGCAGUAUAGGUCAUGAACCCUAUCCAAGUUAGCAAAUGGGACCAAACCAAAGAACCCGAGCUCUGACUAUAAAUUAUGUCAUCACCACAAGAUGGCAGUGUUCAUAUCGAAGAUAUUUGGGUAUAUUUCUGGAGUGGAGACAUCUUCAUUUAAAGUCUGUCUCGUUUGAUGCUAAUGCUAAAACACGCACAGGAAGUGGUGGGACGGUUUCCUUUGAACCAAUGGAAAGUUUAAAACUUGAAACCUCUUUGAGAAACAUUUCUGUAAAAAUGAACUCAGUUUUAAAUGGAUUUAUUUAUAUAAACAUUAACAUUAAGUCAUAUUUCAUUUGCUUCUUUAAUUUGUUGUGAGCCAUAUUCAUAGAAUCAACACUUCCUGCAGAUGUUUCACAGUUAAAGCAUGAAACCCACAAUCUGCUGCUACUGUUUCCAGCUCGUCUUGUUUACAAUGUCUCUGCUGAAGCCAAAAAUAAAAUAAAACAUUCAUCCAAAAUAAAAUGGAAAUUUGAAAAAGUUAUAGAUUUCAUUGUAUAUGUAAUAACAUAUUAAAAGUACAAAGCAGAUAAGAAAAGAUUGCAUCUUAUUGAUGAUUAAAUAUUAUUUUACAUCAUAGUUUAAAUGGAUUUUAGGGUUAGGGUUUGGUCAGGUCUUCAGCAGAGGGAAUAAAGUUAAAUAACUUAAAUAUAUUUUUCUCUGUGAACAAUUAACCUCAAAUAUGAAGACCUAUAAAAAGUAAGAGCUUUAGCAACUGUAGUUAAAGUUGAUUGUUUAUUCUUUAUUUUCUGCUGAAGUUUUUCUGUGUCCGUGAACAAACAGACUCCAGCUGUGAUCCCUGUGAAUUGGAAUGAAUUCAUCAGUCAUUAGAUAAAUACAUAUUGUAUGUUUUCUAUUGUUUUCUAUUCAAACAAGAGUUUUAUGAAGUAACAUAGUUUUAUGCACUGUACAUUUACUUCUUUUGUAUUAUCUGUUUUCUAACAGUUUUAUUUGGUUUUAAUAAACGUGACUCUUCAAUGUGAA